AUGGCGAAGGAAGGCUGCACACCUUUAGCUGCAGCUUCACCUGAUAAGCGUCAUAUCAUUACCAAAAAUAUACCAAAUGGAGACGGAUUUUUAGUUGUGGCAAUUCUGAAUAUACUGCACAUUGCCACGAAGAGAAGCAGAUUCAAUGGUUCAUUGUGGGACGCAGAUGAUGAUCGUGCACGUUACAAGGCAGAAGAGCGUUUUUACAAGACAAUCGCCGACAAACAUGCACAAGUGGAGCGUCUCCUAGAUGAUCACAAGGACCCUAACGAUCCAUUACAGCUUCGGCUAAAAUUUGUGGAAUGCACCGCUAACCACAAGCUUGGUGAAAUGCUCAGGAGGCAUAGCACUGAACGAGGGCAUGGUUUGUCAGUCAUAGCUGACAUGAAGCGUCGUACACCAACGAAACACCACACGCUAGACAAUUCUGUAUUAUCCUUUUUAGACGCUUCCGAUGUAGCGAAGAGCAUGGCAGCAGUAGGGUUUGACGUCAUAUUCGUCAACACCGACGAAACUGUUUAUGGGGGGCAUAUUUCGGAACUGCACGACUGUUUUCUCGAGCUCAGAAAAUUAGGACGAAGGGUUAGACCAGCUAUAGUAAUGAAAGACAUUGUGCUGCACCCCAUACAGAUAGCACAGGCAGCGGAGUAUCGGGCAGAUGGUGUUUUGUUGAAUGCGUUAGUUUUGGGGACUGCACUGAAAGAAAUGAUCAUCGCAUGCCUUAACAUGGGUAUUGAGCCGGUUGUUGAAAUCCACACUAAGGCUGAAGCGAUGCUAGCGCUUGAAUUUGGCGCGAAUAAUCUCCUGGUAAACCAGUGGGAUAGAGUGCAUAAUCUCCUAAAACCUACCAGAGCGUUGGAGAUAAAAAAUAUCGUCGGUGACGAUGCCACGCUAAUCGCAGCAGGAGGGAUCAUAAAUUUCACACAGGUGCAUGAACUUGCUCUUAUGGGAUAUGAUGCAAUAGUUUUAGGCAGGAGGUUAUCGUACGACGACAUCCCUGAAUUCGUAGAACGUGUUAGACAGUGGCAGUCGCCUUGUAAAUCAAUUUUGCGCCUGAGCAGGGAUAUGUUUUUCGACAUUCAGGAAGAUGAAGAAGGAAUAGAGGGGAGAAUAAGGCUGAAAGGUAACCACGAAAAAUUAUUGAAUGAAAUGAAUGCAUUUUACGGAAGGAGGGGCGUUAAUGCAUCAAACAUACAGGCAAAUACCGAUUCCGAUGCGCAUAAGGUGGAGCCCGCGCACCAACAACCCAUUGAAAACGAUCGAAAUCGCAAUGGUGGAGCUGAUAUGGAUGACAAAAUCGUCACAGUCACAUACGGUAAUCCGGUAAAUACGACCUUCGUAAAGAACAUAUUAUCAACGGUUGAGUGCCCUGAAAGCAUGAUUGAUACCGGGCAAUAUUUAGCUGAGCGAAAAUCAGAAAUGUACCGAAUGAAAUGGUAUGUCGAGCGGCAACGAUGGAUUAAACGCUUCAGACAUCACUUCCAUAAUAGGCGUGACGCUAACAACGCGCACAGGCUUAAGAAGGCGAUUGACAUGUACACAGCAUUUCGCUUGUAUGGGACAAAAUUGCUUAAGAGUAAAAAAUCCAAUAUAAUUGUGGAGAAAAUGGGCCAGAUACUGAGGCAACAUGUGAAGGCUGCAUACGAGGAAGCUCCGAGGGAUAACCUCGGAAACAUCAUCAUGCCCAGACCCGAAUAG